AUGGCCGGAGAAGAAGAAGUAGCGAAUUCAACCAAUGCUCCAACCAAUACUCCGUUGAGCUCAACUAGUCCACUCUACAUGCAUCCAUCGGAGAAUGCAGGGACUACUUUGGUGCCGACUCCUUUUGAUGGCUCUGGAUACAGAUCAUGGAGAAGAGGUGUGUUGAGAGCUCUGUCUGUAAAGAAUAAGGUAGGAUUCAUCAAUGGAAAAUGCAAAAAGCAAUAUGCAAGCGAUGUACUCUUCGAUCAGUGGGAACGGUGCGACGACAUGGUAACCUCGUGGAUACUGAACUCACUCUCUAAGAAUUUAGCGGAUAGCUUACAAUAUGUUAACGAUGCAAAGGAACUCUGGAAAGAGCUAGAGGACAGGUAUGAUCAAACAAAUGGAGCAAAGCUAUAUCAAUUACAAAAGGAGAUUAGUGAUUUAAACCAAGGGACCUUCGAUAUUACUGGAUAUUACACGAAGAUGAAAAAGCUGUGGGAAGAGUUAAACAUGCUGAAUAAUCAUGCUCAGUGUAGUUGUCAAUGUGAAGAGAAGCAGAGAGAAGUCAAGUCCCAGAGUCAAGUCAUGAUUGAUUCUACUGCUCUCAAUGUAAACACCACAGGUGUGAACACGUUUAGGACAAAUUACAGUCAAAACUCUGCUGGAACUAGUGGUUUCAGAGGAAACUACAAUCCUAACAGGCCUAGGCCUUUUUGUGAGUAUUGCAAGAGACCGGGGCACACCAAAUACAAGUGUUACAAACUCCAUGGAUACCCACAAGGGAUGAAUAGGCCCAAUAACAAUUCACAGACCUUCAAUAAGUAUAACAAAGGGAAAGCUAAUGUUGCAGAUGCAUUUUUGGAGGGCCAGGUGAUAGAAUGA